AUGGUCUUUUCUGGAAACAAUCCACGGCAUCGGAUUGUCACCCCACCAUCAAACCCCCAGAAUUCAGCGCCUCCGCAACACAGUGGCGCCACCACCAAGGUCAAGAAGCGAUCAAGCUAUUCCUCCAAAAAACAGCUAAGCAAUGCUUCCUCCAAUCAAUCAGGGCAGAUCGUCAUUGCCUGUGUCAUUGUCUUUAUUAUUAUGGUUGGAUUCGUUAGAUUUAUUCCUUGGAAAUCUAUCGUGUCACCGUUCUCAAAAGACUUGGGAUCAUCGCGCGGCUUUCCUCGAGUUAUAAUGUUGACGGAAUCUCUCGACAGAUCAUCCGAAGCGAUACAGUUGGACCUGGAAUACAUUGAUUUCACCAAGGCGCACAAACAAGUACAAUGGGACAAGCUAAAGUGGGACAAGAAGCGCGGGGGACCCAAACCCAAAGGAGAUAGCUGGUUUGAGCGCCAUCGAGUGAUUCUCCAGGAUGAAGAUACUGGUUGCCCAUUCGUAGCGGACUGGCAACGAUCAAAACCAAAUCCAACCUGCAAUACGAUACACGAGAUUGGAAUACAUGUAACACCAAUGGAAAAACCAGUCAUGUAUCGAUUGGAUUUUCUCAAUGAGGGAGCAUUCAAACAAGUUUGGCAACCACAUUUGGAAAAUGGAGAACCUACCGAUUUUGUGCUCAAGACAACUUUUUUCAAUGAUUAUACCGAAGAAGAUUUGCUUGGAGAUCAGCAGGAUGGUCUCGUGAUGGAGCGGACGACUGCGAGUAAUUACGUUGUAUCCAUGUUUGGAUACUGUCAUUUCACCAAUCUAGUGCAACGAGCUACUGGAACUCUGACGCAUUGGAUUGGUAGUGCGAGAUGGAAAAAGGCAACACCUCUCGAGUUGUUACGAGUAGCUGAUAUGAUGGCGCAAGGGGUGAAGGAUAUGCACAUGUACACAAAAUCUAGAGAUGGUCACCUCCUACCGACGAUAGCACACGCUGACAUUAAAGGAAGUCAAUAUCUGGAGACCAGUCCAGGUCAAUUUCGUCUCAACGAUUUCAAUCGAGGCAGUCUCCUGACUUCGAAAGAUCGAAAAACGAUAUGUCCAUUCUACCUCCCGGGUGUUCACCACAAGGGAAGCACCAUGAGGGCGCCCGAGGAAUAUGAGGACAAUGCUCCACAAGAUGACAAGAUUGAUGUGUUCAGUCUUGGUUCAUCGCUGUAUCAGUUACUCACCGGUGAACCUCCGUUUGAUGGGUUACCAAAGACCCAAGCCAUGGAAAGCAUCCGCACCGGUGUACAACCACCGAUGCCAGAGUACACUGAUCCAUCGUUGGUGGCCAUUCAAAACGCCGUCAAAAUGUGUCGACAAUAUAAUGCCAAAGACCGGCCAUGGUCUCGAGAUGUCGCAGAUUUUAUCCGGCAAGAAUUGGAGAAACAAGAGCAAUUGGCAGUAGCUCAAUAA